AUGGACAAAGCCAUCGGCAGCACAUGGGUCGCCAUCAUCGAAGGAAAAAGAUGGCCAGUGGUACUCUGUGGCGAGGACGUGACACCGAAAAAGUUCGUCGCGUUGCGUACAGAUCCUCAACAUCUGCCAGCAAUUCAGCUUGGUAGACGCAGAUAUUUAUUUGUCCAUGACAAGAUGUUGGAGGAGUAUGAUCACAACAAAACCAAUUAUACAAGCAGUCUAUGGGCCUCCCACGGGAACGAGGAUCCGCGGGGCGACGGUGAAGAUUUGAGAGAAGAGCGUCAAAUAGCAUUCGGAACCGACGCUUGCAAGUUCCAAGACGACAAAUACUGGGUCAAUUUCCUCGUUGAACAGUCUAAGCUCCGCAAACUCGGAAGGGGACAGCAAAGAUCAUCAUCAAACUCUCUAAAACGUAGGGCUUCCGUUACAACUGAACACCUGGCCGUCGAGGAAGAAGGCCAUCGCUCGCAGAGCUCCAUACCUGAAUCGAAGCGACGUAGAGUGCACGCACAUGGGUCAUCGCAUCGGCCAUCAACGCCAGCUCGGACAUCCAGGGAGCACCAACGGCGACAACACUCCGUGACUGGGGCGAUUCAGCUUUCUGGCAAUGAAGUCGAGGGUGAAACCGUCCUUGAAAACGAAAUAGUUGCAGCCACAAAUUUCCCAGGAAAUCCUCACCGUGUCACCCAGUCAGUCGAGACUAGCACCAGACUCGCAAAGAAUUCAAGAUCCACACUCUCAUUACCUCCAGCUCGCCUUGGACCAGACCAAUGCGAGCUCAUUCUGCCGCACGGCGAGGACAAAUACUUAGUAAUCAACAAAGACAUAAUUCCCAAAUGCAGCUACCUGUCCACCCGCAACCCCUCUUCCUCUUCCUCCUCAAAAAUCGACCUAACCCACGACCAACGCGCCAACGACGUCCAACUCGUAGCAACAGAUUUCUCCGCUGUACUCCAAUUCUACCAAACAGGAGACAUUGGACCUCGCUUCAUCAUCAACAACAACAACAACAACAACAACAACAAACCCCUUCAAUUCUCCCCCUUGGAUCUCUCUCCUGAUCAAAAAGCCGCACACGUCGAAUCUCUCGCUAAAGCCUAUGUGACAGCUGUCAAAAUCCAAGAUGAAAAUCUUCAACAUUUGAUUUUGCAAAAACUUCAACUUCUCGGCUCAUCUUCAUUUUCAUCUUCGUUCUCUUCCUUAUCUAUCCUGAUUCUCGCAUCCUGCUUCUCUCAUCUCGCAGCAUUGAAGACGACAGCACAUAUCGAAAAAGACGCCACAGAAAACGACAACGACGACGAAAUCUCCCUCUGGGUCCUCGACCUCGUGAAAAACCAUUACUGGCUCCUCGUGCGAAACCACAUCGACGAACUGCAAACCCUCUUCGAACACAAUCACAGCAUGCGCAGGGCCGUGUAUGAUUUUUUGCGCGGGAACCCCCUGGGGGGACGAGAAGGAUAA